UAGCAAAAGACGUAAUUUAAAAACACAUUUGAAAGUGCACAGUGAAGAAAAGUCGUACACUUGUGAAAUUUGUUUUAAGCAGUUUAGAUUAGCGGGUAGUUUAAAAGUACAUUCGAGAUUACACACCGGGGAAAAACCUUAUAAGUGUAAAAUUUGUUUUAAGUCAUUUAAUCAAAAAGGUGCUUUGAUCAAACAUGUGAGUGCAUACUGGAGAAAAACCUUUUAAGUGUGAAAUUUGUUUUAAGUUAUUUAAUCAAAAAGGUACUUUGAACAAACAUAUGAGAGUGCACACUGGAGAAAAACCUUACAAGUGUGAGGUUUGUUUUAAGCAAUUUGCUCAAAAAAGUCAUUUGAAAAAACAUAUGGCAGUUCACACAGGGGAAAAACCAUACAAGUGUGAAAUUUGUUUUAAGAAGUUUAGCGAAAGGAGUAAUUUGAAAACACAUUUGAAGGUGCACAGUGAAGAAAGAUCGUACACAUGUGAAAUUUGUUUUAAGCAGUUUAAAUUAGCGGAUGGUUUAAAAGUACAUUCGAGAUUGCACACUGGGGAAAAACCUUUUAAAUGUGAAAUUUGUUUUAAGCAAUUUGCUCAAAAAAGCUCUUGGGAUGCACAUACGAAAGUUCACACUGGUGAAAAACCUUACGAGUGUGAAAUUUGUCUUAAGUCGUUUGUUAAAUCAAGUGAUUUAAAAGUACAUUCGAGAUUGCACACUGGGGAAAAACUUUACAAGUGUGAAAUUUGUUUUAGGCUGUUUUUUUGGUCCAGUGCUUUGCAGCAACAUAUGACAUUGCACACUGGAGAAAAACCUUAUAAGUGUGAAAUUUGUUUUAAGCAAUUUAAUCAAAAAGGUGCUUUAAACAAACAUAGGAGAGUGCACACUGGAGAAAAACUUUACAAGUGUGAAAUUUGA